AGGAUUUAUAUACUUUUCCUCUCCCCAUGAUGUUUUGACGAUGAUUUUAAGUUCUGUCAUCAGCAGUGACCUUUGUACACUUUGUUGGAAGAACCAAGGACGAGGAAAACAACCGCGAAUGUUUGAAAAGUUAUGAAAUUAUGGCAACAUUGUUGAGUUUUCAAUACUUUCAAAAUACUCCAACUGUACAGGAGGAAGAACAAUCUAAAACAGGACCAUUUAGGGCUACCAAGAUUUGGCAUGAAAUCAUCAAAGAUGUCCAUGAAAAAGUCAUUCCAAAGCGUCAUCGUCACUUGAUGAAAACAUAUGAAAAGUGUUUCUCAGGGUCAGAGGUUGCUGAUGUUCUUCAGAACUAUUUGAAAGAAAAUGGCAGUUUUGAAGCUGAUGUUCCACGAGAAAAAUCAGUAAAACUUGCACAGCUAUUGCUAGAUUCCAAGGUCUAUCAAGACAUCACAACAGUUAAUCAACAAGAAAAGAAAGUCACAUUUUUUGACAGUAAUUCACAUUUUUACCGGUUUGUUGGAACAGAUUUAGAAAAUAAAUGUAACUGUAAAUUGAGUAGAAAAAGGCAUAGUAUACAUAGUGUAUUAGAUUUAGAUAGAGCAACCCCAAGGAAGACGCUGUGUUCAUGUACAAAUGAGAAUGCAUCAAGUCGUCUGUCAACAUCAGAUCCUGCCAGGGAAGCAGCAAUAUUGUGCAAUCCUAUUGUUAGUGAAGAAAGGGUUCUGAGAAGUAGCCACAGGUAUCUGCAAAGAGCAGCCAGUAAAUCCAAGCGAUACCAUAAGCCUAAAGUAAUGGCUCCAUAUGUCAGAGCUGAAGUAUGGCGUGAGACCACCAUUCAGCACCUGUUGAAGCUUAUUGAUGUUCCAAUACUUGAUAAUCUCUUAUCAUGUGAUAUUAGCCAAGUAUCGUGUCAAGAGUCAGAUGACUUCAUCGAGGAUGUUGGUGUUUCCUCAUUAGAACAGACUUUCAGGAAAGGUUGUGAAAGUCCUGUUGAUUCUUGGAUGUCAGCUGCAUUUUCAUGCCUAGAACAUCACCCAAGCGGUGAUGUUAUCACAACAACAUGUAUUGAAAAUGUUACUGAAGCAAACACUACAAAACAUGCCAGGAAGAUCCUUCUGUUUGAGGAAAUUGCCAAGUUUUACAGCCCAAAGAAAUCGCCGCUUUUGCCUAGCAAAUUCUCAGACGUGCUGUUGAUUCUGGUGAAGUUACUGGCUGCCGGGAAGCUAAGGCUGAGCCUACAGGUGCUACAACUCUGCAUGAUAUUACUGAGCCAUGACAGUGCUGAACAAUUAAAACAUUUAUUAAUUUUUAUGUCUCAUGCAGGCAGCAAGGAUGCAGUGAGGUUACGUUUUGAGAUGGACAACAGGUCAACGGUUUGUUAUGAGUUCACGUCAGCCAUCAUCAGAACAGCAUGCCUGACUUCGGCUCAGUGUACUUACAUCGUUGGAUUUAUGAUGGACCACUAUGAGAAGAUGUUCACCAUUCCAGAGUCUGUGAAGAAGUCAGUUGAUGAUAGGAUCAAGAAGUGGAAAAAUGGAGAAGAUAUUCUGAGUGAAGUACAACAAUUCUGUGUAAGGAUUUCCCUUCAAGACUUCCACGACCAGUGCAUAACCACCACUGAAAAGGCGAUCAAAGAUCUUAUGAAUAAAAUCAUUGAUGACACCGCUCUCACACUCAAGGAAAAGAAACAGCGGAUUAAACAGCUUCAUAAACACCAUAAGGGUAUUUAUGACAAACAUUUCCCAGAUAUGCUUCUGUAGGCAGAUACUCUUGUUCAGAAUCAAAAUUUCACUGCUUUAAGUGUAUUAAGUAAUGGGUUCAAAGUUCAUUAUUCUAUCCCUGUUGAAAUAAAACAUCCAGAUAAUUUAAGAUUGUACUGUGCACACAACUCGUGGACUCGCAAGAGAACAACUUUUAUAAAAUUGUACUUUCUAUGGCAAAAGGAUGUAUUGUAGUGCAGUAAAAACAAACUCUAGUACUGAACUGUAUAUUAGUACAAAUUCUAGUGCUGUGGCUGUAUAGGCAGUUGCUUGCACUGAAGAGUUGGCAAUAUAAACAUUAUUCUGUUUUUACUCUUGUAAAUAUGUUAAUAAUUUUUAGCACUUAAGUUUUUUUUUUGUAUUGAUUGUAUAUAAUGCAUGGAUUAAUUAUUUAAAUGACUUUUUUAAAAUUUUAAUAUAUUUGAUAUGAGUGAUUGUAAUUUUAUUUUGGAUUUUACAAGACAGAAUGGUGGUUAUGUUUUAUAUAGCACCCUCGGUUUGCAUGGCACUUUAUUAGUAAGCUUGAAUGUCAUAUUUUAGUAAAGUAUAUUUGUAAUAUUCAGAAGUGUGGUUAGAGAUUUAAACUUUUUAAUGUGAUCUGUCUUGGCACAUUUUAUUUAAUUUUUAAUAACAUUUGUUAUUAACUGAGUUAUAGUAUUGUAACAGGUAGAGACUGUAACUUGGUGAUGGAAAUGCUUGGCUUUUAAUUCCAGAGUCCUGGUAUCAUCUUGUAAUUUCCAAGACUUUAACUACAAAUGACACUACCUAAGCAUCACAUGACAUUGUAAUUGGCAAAUUUGAUUUAAAUGAGAAAAUAAAAUUUUCAUGAAAUAUAAAA